GCGGCGGCGCGGAAGGGAAAAAGCCUGCGGCGGGGCUGGGGCCGGGGCUAGGGCCAGCAGCGGCAGAGAUGACGGUGCACAACCUGUACCUCUUCGACCGCAAUGGGAUCUGCCUGCACUACAGCGAGUGGCACCGCAAGAAACAGGCCGGCAUCUCCAAGGAGGAGGAGUUCAAACUCAUGUACGGCAUGCUCUUCUCCAUGCGCUCCUUCGUCGGCAAGAUGAGCCCCGUCGACAUGAAGGACGGGUUCCUGGCCUUUCAGACCAGCAAGUACAAGUUGCAUUAUUACGAGACACCCAGCGGGCUCAAGGUCGUCAUGAACACGGACCUGGGCGUGGGCAACAUCCGAGACGUGCUCCACCAGAUCUACAGCAACAUCUACGUGGAGUUCGUGGUGAAGAACCCGCUGUGCAGCCUGAGCGAACCCAUCCAGAGUGAGCUCUUCCACGCCAAGCUGGACGGCUUCAUCCGGGGCCUGCCCUUCUUCUCGGCCCGGGCCGGCUGAGUCCCCCCACCCCCCCCGCAGCUGGCACCCGCCGCGCC